AUGAGCGACUCAUCUUCCUCCACUUUACCGCCCUUGGUACCAGAGCUAUACAGAUGGCAGUCGAUUGGAUCUGAUGGCCGCCAGGUCCAACGCCGGUCUGUGGGCGCUGAAGCCAUUGUCGGACUGGAAGACAUGAACAGAAGAGCUUUGUACGACCUCUACAUAGCUACUUCUCUUCGAAAUGUUGCACCAGCCUCAACAUGUCUGACGUUGCGAAAUCUCAAAGACAUGUUUGAACUGGCUUUGUUGGACGCACGUUUCGAGCACCCUGAAUGUGCUUGCACGGUAUCCUGGGACAAUGAAGUACCAGCCAUCAUCACCUACGAAUCACCAGAGAGCAACGAACCUGCUCGUGCUUGGGCUAAGGACUGCGUUCAUGUACGGCCCACCGCAAAGAGUGCUCUCGAUCUUUGGAGCGAAAUGGAGGAGGGAAGAGCGGCAGCCAACGAUAACACACCGUCCAAGCCAAUUGAGCUCUUCCUGCUUUCAGAUGUCCCUACAGACUCUACACCAAUUCCUCAAGGCGCGGCCGUUGACAUUCUGUUCCACAGCAAUCAUUUGUUCUGGGACGGAAUCGGUUGUCGAAAAUUUAUCGGAGACCUCUUUCGUCUCGUGGGCAAUUAUGUCGACUGCAGUGCCGGCUUUGAGACGCAGAAGAUUCAAUGGGGCCAGGAGAUCAAGAACCUCAGCCCCGAAGUCGUCGACUCCCUGAAGCUGGACGUAAAUACUCUUGGAAGGGAGUUCGAUGACAAGUGCACAGAGUAUACAAGUACUCUUGUAGCCAAUUAUAAAAGCCGAGGUCUGAAAUUUCAACCAGGGCUCGCUUUGCCUCGCUGUGUCAUUCACAAACUCAGUGCUGAGGACUCCAUUGCCAUUAUCAAAGCCAUCAAGACUCGGCUUGGCCCUGGAUUUACUAUAAGUCAUCUGACCCAAGCCGCAAUUAUCCUUGCUCUGUUGGAUCAUCUCAAGCCUACUGAUCUUUCAGACGAUGAAGUCUUCAUAUCACCAACGUCAGUGGAUGGCCGCAGGUGGUUGCGUGAGGAAAUAGCCAAGAACUAUUACGCUAUGUGCCAGACUGCUGCCGUCGUUCGGGUUGAGAACCUCAAGUCUAUUGCAGUGAGUCACAAUGAUGAGAAAGAGUUGCAAGUCAGAGCUCUGGAGAGUGCUUGCAGGGACAUCAAGAAAUCUUACAGCCAAUGGCUUGAAAGCCCGUUCCUGCAAGCCCUUGGUCUCAGAGUUCAUAACUUCGAGGCGAGGUAUCUGCACGCUAAACCAGUUCCGUUCGAAGGGGAAGCAAACCCAUUGUUCAUCAGUGACGGCAUUAACGAACGCUUCAUUCCGCGUGAAAUCAAGCGAAAUUCAACUGGCGAGAACAUCAUGUCGGUUGAAAGCGUAGACUUCGUUGUCAAUCAGUCUUUGCCCUAUCUGGCAAUCCGACUAGACAGUUGGAGGGAUGCUUCCACCCUCAACAUCAUCUAUAACGAUGCAAACUAUACCGAAGCCGAGGUACAGAAGUAUUUGCAGAGUAUUGUCGAGUUCAUGUUGGCUUUCAAACUAUGA